AUGGAAACCAAUGGAUCUUCAAGUAGAUCAUCAUCAGUAUCAACAAUUGGUGAAAAUUAUGAAAUAUUUAGUUUAAUUUGGCUUGAUUUAUUAAAAAAUGAUAAUAAUGAUAUACAACAACAAAUACGUACAAUAAUAAAUUAUUUAAGAAUAUUUCAUGAUAUUGAUGAAUGUGAACAAUAUAUACAUACUUUAUCUAAAGAUGAUCGUGUUGUUAUUCUUAUUAAUGAAAAAUCUGCUUUCAAAAUGAUUACACGUAUACAUGAAUUUCGACAAAUUAUAUCAAUUUAUAUACAUUCAACAGAAGAUAAUCAAAAUGAUGAAUUGAUUCAUCAAUAUAAAAAGAUUAAAUCUAUUAAAUCUGAUCUUGAUGAAUUAAUUAUUCAAAUAAAAAUUGAUCAUAUAAAACAAAAAAAAUUAGAAGAACCUUUAACAAUAAAUAUAUUCGAUAUAAAUCAACCAUUAGAUCGUUUAACAUCAAAUACAAAUACUGAAUUUCUUUAUUCACAAUUAUUAAUUCAUUUUUUAUUACAUAUUAAAUUAACAAAUGAACAAAUAAUAGAAAAUAAAAAAGAAUUAAUAGAUUUAUGUAAAACAGUCUAUAAUGAUAAUUUAAAUCAAUUGAAAAUUUUACAUGAAUUUGAACAUAAUUAUUUAUCAUCAAAUGCAUUAUGGUGGUAUACAUAUGAUUCAUUUUUAUAUCAAUUAUUAAAUAAAUCAUUAAAUAUCAUAAAUAUUGAUUUACUUUAUUUAUUACAAUUUUAUAUUCAUGAUCUUAUUCGACAAUUAGAAAAUGAUCAAUCAAUAACAAUAAAUCGUGUUUAUCGUAGUUAUUUAUUAUCUAAUGAUGAAUUAGAUUUAUUUAAAGAAUCAAUUGGAAAAUAUAUAUCAAUAAAUACAUUUUUUUCUGCAUAUAUUUAUCGUAAUGAUGCACUUGAUUAUUUAAAUAAUUAUAUAUAUGAUAAUGAUAAAUUAACAAAAAUUUUAUUUAAAAUUGAUAUUGAUCCUCAUUUAACAAAAAUAAAACCAUAUGCUAAUAUAACUAUACAUAGUCAAACAUCGAAUGAACAAGAAAUAUUAUUUUCAUUAGGAAGUAUAUUUCGUAUUGAUAAUAUAUAUCUUGAAAAAAAUGAUAUUAAUACAAUACAUUUAAUAUUAUGUAGUGAUGAUGAUCAUCAUUUAAAACCAAUAUUUGAUUAUAUUAAACAUCAAUAUGAUGAAAAUAAUAUAAAUCUUCUUUCAUUUGGUAAUGCAUUAAAACGAACAGGAAAAUUAGAUGAAGCUGAAAAAUGUUAUCAACGUUUACUUAAUGAUUCAACAUAUAAUGAAAUAUUUAUAAGUCGUUCUUAUCAUUAUUUAGGUCGAAUAGCUGAAGCAAGAGGUGAUUAUGAUACAAGUCUUGAAUGUUUAAAUAAAUCAUUAGAUAUUAAAUUAAAAAUUAUGAAAUCAAAUGAUCCAAAUAUAGCACAAAGUUAUAAUUGUAUUGGUAUUGUUUAUCAACAUAAAAGUGAUCAUGAAAAAGCACUUGAAGCAUUUAAUAAAGCAUUAAUUAUAUGGAGACGAGCAUAUGGAAAAAAUCAUCCAAAUGUAGCUGGAUGUUAUAAUAAUAUGGGUGUUGUUUAUAAGAGAGAAAAAAAAUAUAUUGAAGCUCUUGAAUCAUUUCAAAAAGCUUUAAAUAUACGUGAAAGACAUCAUUCAGUUAAUCCACAUGAUUUAGCUGGUUCACAUAAUAAUAUUGGUGCUGUUUAUGAACGUCUUGGUCAUCAUGAACUUGCUAUUGAACAUUAUAAAUUAUCUCUUAAACUUAAAUCACAAACACUUCCAUCACAACAUCCAUCAAUAGCAUUAACAUUUGAAAAUAUGGCUUAUGUUUAUGAAAAUACAGGUGCAUAUUUACAAGCAUUAUCAUAUCUUGAAAAAGCAGCUAUGAUUUAUCGUCAUUCAUUAUCACCUACACAUAAUGAUGUUAUUCGAAUUGAAGAAAGUAUUCAACGUGUAUCAUCGAAACUGUAA